CGGGAGCGGGAGGCGAGGGAAGGGCCGGAGCUCCCGGCGCUCGCCCGCACCGGCGGUCCCGCGGGGACGGCGGCCGGGCCGAGGUGAGGCUUUUCCGUCCCUCCCGCUGCUGCCGGCGGGGCCGGGCGGGCGAGAGCGGCGCUGCCCGGCGGGGCGGGGGCUGCCCGGGGCCGGUCCCCUCCGCUCCGCCCCGCGCACACCCGCGGGCAGCUCCGCGGGGCUCCGCGGCCAGGACCCGCCUCCGCCGCGCCGAGCGGCUGCCGGCGGGCUCCCCGCGGCCGCGCAGCGCCGGGCCGGGCCGUCCUCCGCCGGAGCCGCAGAUGUGGGGCCGCCGCCGCCCGCAGGGCCGGCGCUGCCGAGUAUGUAUGACCAAUUGCCCUACUCUGAUUGUCAUGGUGGGUCUCCCAGCAAGAGGAAAAACCUACAUCUCAAAGAAGCUGACACGCUAUUUAAAUUGGAUUGGAGUGCCUACAAAAGAAUUUAAUGUUGGUCAGUAUCGUCGAGAUUUGGUGAAAAAGUAUAAAUCUUUUGAAUUCUUCCUGCCUGACAAUGAAGAAGGCUUGAAAAUCAGGAAACAGUGUGCCUUAGCAGCGCUGAAUGACGUCCGACAGUACCUCAGUGAAGAAAACGGGCACGUGGCUGUUUUUGAUGCUACAAACACCACUCGAGAACGUAGAGAAACUAUUUACAAAUUUGGUGAAGAAAAUGGGUAUAAGACUUUUUUUGUUGAGUCAGUAUGUGUAGAUCCAGAGGUCAUCGCUGCAAACAUUGUGCAAGUGAAGCUGGGUAGUCCUGACUAUGUUGAUUGUAGUAAUGAUGAAGCAACAGAAGACUUCAUGAAAAGAAUAGAGUGCUACAAGAACUCGUAUGAGACGUUAGAUGAAACUCUUGACAAGGAUCUUUCUUACAUUAAAAUUAUGGAUGUUGGAAGGAGUUACCUUGUGAACCGAGUAAUGGAUCACAUUCAGAGCCGGAUUGUCUACUACCUCAUGAAUAUCCAUGUGACUCCUCGGUCAAUCUACCUCUGUCGACAUGGAGAAAGUGAACUCAAUCUAAAAGGGAGAAUAGGAGGAGAUCCUGGCCUGUCUGUCAGGGGGAAAGAAUUUGCCAGAAGUUUGGCACAGUUUAUUAAUGAGCAGAACAUCAAAGAUCUGAAAGUUUGGACCAGCCAGAUGAAAAGGACAAUUCAGACUGCUGAAGCGUUGGGAGUGCCUUAUGAGCAGUGGAAGGUUUUGAAUGAGAUAGAUGCAGGAGUAUGUGAAGAAAUGACAUAUGAAGAAAUACAGGAAAAUUAUCCGCUUGAAUUUGCACUGAGAGACCAAGACAAAUACAGAUACAGAUACCCUAAAGGAGAGUCCUAUGAAGAUCUUGUUCAGAGAUUGGAGCCAGUAAUUAUGGAACUUGAAAGGCAGGAAAAUGUGCUUGUCAUAUGUCACCAAGCUGUCAUGCGCUGUUUGCUUGCAUAUUUUCUUGACAAGCCUGCAGAACAACUGCCUUACCUGAAGUGCCCACUGCAUACUGUCUUAAAGCUAACCCCGGUGGCUUAUGGAUGUAAAGUAGAAUCUAUAUUUCUGAAUGUUGAAGCUGUAAACACACACAGAGAUAAACCCGAGAAUGUUGGUGUGGAUCGGUCGAGAGAAGAAGCUUUGAGGACAGUGCCCAAUCACCUAUAGCUCCAGUGCCCGGGAGGCCGCCCUUCCUCCAGCGUAAGAGCGGGAAGCUGCAGCUCAGGUCCAGGAGGACGGAGAAGGUUUUGCUGAGCGGGUCGGAACCAACGUGCCUCCCCUUCGCUUUAAGACAUUUCGAAUGUGAUUCAGCUUCUUUGGAGCAAACCUGUAGUUGUGGAUAACUCCCAGUGCCGAAAGGUACCAGUGAAAAGAGCGAUGGGAAGCAGAGUAGAGUCAGGUUUGGAUUUUUUGUAUGUAAAUUUGUGCAGUUUCAGUGUGGGAUUUUUUUAUUGUUCAUCUGUGGAUACUAUGAGAUGGUUAAUGGCUCGUGUCAGUUUUACUGUCGGAUUUUAAUUAGAUGUUACUUUCUUUUUUUAAAGUGUUUUUCUAAGAGUUCAUCUUAUUUUUACUGUGAAUGAUUGCCUAGAAUUACACAGAGAUUUUUUGGAUGGCGUAUUUAACAUAGGUGAAAUUGUACAUUUUGAGCAUUGGAGGCUUCGUAUUGCAAAACUGCUCUAAAUGGGAAAGCCUGUCAGCCCUGAGAGCUGUUUGUGUUUUGAGUUGAGCUUCAGUUUGCCAACCACGGCUUGUAUUUUCUGAAAUGAGGAGACUUUCCUCUUGGAAAAUAAAAGCAUUAAAGCAAAUCAGGAUUUGCUACCUGAAAGGUUCUGUUUUAGCGAAAAGUGAACAUUAUCCAGGGACCAGCUGUGUUCUGGAGAGCAGUGGAAGACACAGAGUUCAGGGAGGGACGUGAGUGUGAGAACAGCUCGAGCCUGCGCUCGAGGGCGCAGUGUCCUUUCUGCUGCAGUUACAGGAGGGGAUGAGUAGCUUUUCCGAGACUAGAAGGGAGGGGAAAAAGGGAUUCACGCUGUCAAGGGCUGGAGAAGCUGCUUGUUGUCUCAGUGCUGUGAUUUUUAUUUUUUUUUUUAGGCAAUUUUUGGAAUGAAAUUCAACAUAAAAGUCUAUGUUUCUCUUUUAUAGCCACAUUUAAUAUGUACGUCAGGAAACAGUACAAAAGGUUAGGUGGAGUUUAACCAUUCUAACAGCUCAUGCAAGAAAAGCCCCAGGUAAACUCUGAAAUUAUUUUUAACGUGGCACACCUGCCUUGGGUUUUUUUUAAAUGUUGCUUUUAGGCAUCUUCUGCCAUCCCAGUUCUCUGCUGCUCUUUUUUACCUUGUGAAACUCCAGUGCUAAAAAUGGAAUUUCCUGUGUCUGUUGAGGCUGCGACCUUUUAACUGUGCUGCAUCAAGGUGUAUUUUGUACGUGUGUUACAGACAAGUGAGCUGCCGGCACCGCUGCUGGCUCUUAGUUCUGAACUGAGAGUUGUUCUUUGGUAGUUGGACUGUGUUUUUUCUAAGGACUUCUCUGCAAUUAAUUGAGCUUUUACCAUGUACGUUGUUGGGGUUGUUUUGUUGUUUCUUUUCCGUGAUUCUCAAUUCCUGUGUGAAACACCAGGCCCUGGUAAUGUAGUUUUGCAGGCAAGGGCUAAAUCGUCUUUUGUUUGUGCAGGGUUUAUAAAGUAAUGUGCUGCUGUUGUGAUUUUAUUUUGUGUUUAAUAAGCUAAAUUAAGCAAUACAUUCAGCUCUGGAAGUAAGCCAUACUGCAUCGCUGGGUUCUGUUGCAGAAGAGGAACUUGUAGGGUACAGAACGACCAGGAACACUUGCUUCGAGCGCUGCUGUCUAAAGCUUUGAGUGUGUGAUCCCUUUGCAGAUCUUUAUUAAUUCAGCUGUGUCUGUUAUUGCGUGAGGAGAGAGACCACACACUGCUGCUUGGAGAAGUUAAUUUAUUGAUGUGUAGUUAAUGAGGCAGAAGUGUAGCAUUUCCCCUCCUGAUUUGAUGUGUGAUCCGCCUGGGAAAGCUGGGCUGUGCUCCAGGCAGCCCUUACACUCCCCCAGACCUCCACUGUCCAGCCGUGGCCAGGAGCUGUUCAACAGUUGUUAAAUUGAGAAAAUCAGAGUUUAUCUGUAGUUACAGAGGGAAAAGCCCAGGAGCUGCCUUAGCAAAGCGGGUUUUACCUGCAGACUGGGGUGGUACUUGAGCUGAGACCUGGUUGAAGAGAUGAGGUGGAAGGAAAAGGUUUCCCCUAAUGAGAGCUGAGCCCAUGGGCCCCUUCUUUUCACUGGCAAGCACAGCUUGAGGUGUCUCCCCUCUUUCCUUGUCUUUGUUUUUACUUCUCUGAACUCUCAGAGGUGCUGUAAAAUUCCUUGAGGCUAAAUGUUUUAUGUAUGGUAGGUAUUUUUAUAGCCUGCUUUUGAAUAUACUGUGAUGAGUGUUUUACUAAGCUGAGUGUUCAGUAAAAAAGAAUUGUAUACAAGUGUAAAUAAACUGUUACGCUGAUACUUGAAGAGGAAAAAAAGAUAACAAAGUUGUCUGUUGUACUUUAGGAAGGUAUUAAAUCAGUGGCUGCAUCUGACCCUUUCUAGCUGGCAGGAGCAAGCGUAGACAAUGAAUGUAGGUUGGAAAUGAGUGGUGGAUCUCCCUGGGACGUAACCACCUUUCUGGAGAGGCACUGGUAGGAACUGCAGAUUACUGUCACUGUCUAAAAGCAGAAUAUGUCCCCCCCUCCUGCCAGGGGAAGAGAAAACCCUCUUCCUGACCUUGUGUACUUGUACCCGUGUUUCUUUUACUGCCUUCUGACUGUUAAUGCCCUUGCUAGCUCAGAUGCAGUCCUUUCAAACAGGAUUGAACUGUCUUUUCUUACAUUGUUGGCCUUCGUCGUAAUCUUUCAGACAAAUGUAAUCACUUGACCUUUGAUCCAGGUAAUAAAGAUCAAAUGCUAUG